AUGCAACAUUGUGACAAAUGCCACAAAGCCUUUGGGGAGACCUUAAAUACAGGUCGCCAGGAGGAAGCAUCAAAGGCAGAAGGGAACAAUGGCGUGGCAAAGGCAGCAGGGGCAGCGUUAGAAGGAUGGGGGAGGGGAGCCCGAGCCGACGCAAGAGGCCCCCGAGAAAGCCACGCCGAAGAGACGCCGCGCCGCUUGGGUGCUGCUGCGCGUGCGCAGGAGGACCAGUCUCGGAGUCUUCAUCUUUGCCGCCUCCGCCGCCGCCUUCCCUGCAUUGGAGUCUCGCGCUUUCUUCGUUCGCUCAUCGGCGGGUUCGCGCCCCUCUCGCGCCCCGGGACAGCGAGGCUGGGGAAGGGGUUGGAAGGGGCUGUUGAUCGUCGCCUUAACUUUGUGCGUGGGGCGGCCAUGUCGGCCGGCGAGGUCGAGCGACUAGUGUCGGAGCUGAGCGGCGGGACCGGAGGGGAUGAGGAGGAAGAGUGGCUGUAUGGCGGCCCAUGGGACGUGCAUGUGCACAGUGAUUUGGCAAAGGACCUAGAUGAAAAUGAAGUUGAAAGGCCAGAAGAAGAAAAUGCCAGCGCUAAUCCUCCAUCUGGAAUUGAAGAUGAAACUGCUGAAAAUGGCGUACCAAAACCGAAAGUGACGGAGACGGAAGAUGAUAGCGAUAGUGACAGUGAUGAUGAUGAGGAUGAUGUCCAUGUCACUAUAGGAGACAUUAAAACAGGAGCACCACAGUAUGGGAGUUACGGAACAGCACCAGUAAAUCUUAACAUCAAGACAGGGGGAAGAGUUUAUGGAACCACAGGAACGAAAGUCAAAGGGGUAGACCUUGAUGCACCUGGAAGCAUUAAUGGAGUUCCACUUUUGGAGGUAGAUUUGGAUUCUUUUGAAGAUAAACCAUGGCGUAAACCUGGUGCUGAUCUUUCUGAUUAUUUUAAUUAUGGGUUUAAUGAAGAUACCUGGAAAGCUUACUGUGAAAAGCAAAAGAGGAUACGAAUGGGACUUGAAGUUAUACCAGUUACUUCCACUACAAAUAAAAUUACG